UUAUUUCCAACAAAUGACUUGUCCCUAAGCGACGAGAGAUGGCUUCCGCACUAGAAUCGUAUGUAAAUCAUACUGUGUCUAUAGUGACAGCUGAUGGCCGAAUCAUUGUGGGCACAUUGAAAGGUUUUGACCAGACCAUUAACUUGAUUCUGGACGAAAGUCAUGAGCGUGUGUAUAGCUCGUCACAGGGCGUGGAACAGGUCAUACUUGGACUGUACAUCAUCAGGGGAGAUAAUGUUGCUGUCAUUGGAGAGAUAGAUGAUGACACAGAUGGAGGCCUCGACUUUAACAACAUCAAAGCAGAACCUCUCAACUCUGUCAUGCACUGACCCUGUCUGUGUACUGUCAUCCACCCUCAUCGUCAUUGUCAUUGCAUCAUUCAUCUGACAUCCAUGAGGACAUUUUUGGACUUUCAUUGAGGGAAUCUUCAUACAUUUUCUGAAGUCUGAUAUAUAUUGUUUAAUUACAGCGUCUUUGGAGUCUGUAAAUUCAGUAAAUGCUGAACUUUUGUAAGUGUUUCAGUCACUUAUUCAUUUCAAGGUCUAAAGGGAAACAUUCUAUGGACAGUAAUGAAGGGUUUAUCUACAUGUUGUAAGAACCUGCAUGAGGUCAUUAUUUGUUUUUUUUAAGCUGCACAUCGUUAGGACUACUAUGAAAGCUCUACCUAAAGUCAAUGUCUGUACAUCUUAACCCUUUCACCACUGUGGACCAUAAUGGACUCAUCCAGAUAAAUGUAUGGUAGAGUCUACUAAAGUUACCUAGGGAUGAAAGGGGUAAGUAGUAAAACUAAGGGUUUUCAUUUUGAGAUGAGGACUAUAAAUUUUCUGAUUAUUUUAAGGAUGUCCAAUUCUCUGUGCACUUUAAGGAUAUCUUUGAAUUCUUAACACUGUAAAAGGCUUUUAUCAAACCCUGUUCAUUUUUGGAGUUUAAUGAAAUUUACAUUCACAUGAACAUCUUCAUCAUAACUUCUGAUAAUAUUCAGGGAAAUUCUGAUAAGUGUGAGAGGUUCUAAAUGCUAUACAGCUACCAAAAAAUCUGAAUGCGUAGAAUAAUAGUUUUACCUGACCAAGAAAUAUUUGUCAUUGUGCAAGAAAGUGUGUGUGGACAAACAGUGGAAAAUCUGUGUGCUAGAGAAAACAUGAGACUGAUGGAUUUAAGAGAUGCUUGAGAAUGUGUGUACGACUAAAUAUCUUCAAGUCAAAAGUUUGAAUUUAGGGGAAAAGAUUAAAAUCUGUGAAUGAUUAUUGUAAGAAUUUUAUUGUUGUAAAUAAAAUAUUUUAAGAACAA